AUGGCUCCAAAGAUCGAGAAAUGGUCGCUUGGUAUCCUGAACGAUAAGGAGACUGAGGAAGUACCGGGAACGGUCCUCCUCCUAUCUUCCAACCGCAAUGAACCCCUCGGUCUCGAGCAUCAGCAUGCUCGGAGGAGCUCGUCCUCCAUGCCUGCGCAGCCUCUCACUCCUCCCUUGAGACGUCCCUCGUACCCGACCCAGAAAAAGACAAGAGAUGGCCAAUUCAUUUUGGAUCCGCAGCCAGACGACUCCUUGAACGACCCGCUGAACUGGCCGGCAUGGAGAAGGGACGUGGCCUUGCUGUCCCUUGGCUUCUACUGUAUGGUUGGCGGAGGAAUCACCCCGAUUCUGGCCGCCGGCUUCAACAACGUUGCCGAGACUUACCACGUGUCUUACUCGAGGGUGGCCUUGACCACAGGAUUCUACAUGAUGGGCCUCGGUGUUGGGAGUGUCAUCUUCUCCCCUACAGCCAUCCUCUGGGGUAAACGCCCCGUGUACCUGGCCUCUGCCAUCAUGUUCAUGGUCACCUCUGUCUGGUGUGCGGUGGCUCCCAGCUACGCUCAACUCGCCACGGCCAGAGUGUUCCAGGGCAUUUCUGUCAGUCCGGUGGAAUGUCUGCCCUCGGCCACCAUCGCGGAGAUCUUCUUCUUGCACGAACGCGCCUUUCGGGUCGGCAUUUAUACCCUACUUCUCCUGGGUGGGAAGAAUUUGGUGCCAUUGGUCAGUGCUGUCAUCAUUGGUGCCAAAGAUUGGAGAUGGGUCUUUUGGGUUGUCACCAUGGUAGUGGGUUUCUGCUUCUGCCUGCUAUUCUUGUUCGUGCCGGAGACGUUCUGGGACCGGACGCCCAGAGCCAAGUCAAGGAGGCCAACUCACCAGCGAAGUUUGUCCAGCAUCUUUCGUCACCCCUUGACCGAUGCGAAGUCACACGAACAACAUCCGAACUCGGCUGAUCCAGCGGCUUUACAAGCGGCCAUUGAGAAGACAAUGACACCUAGGCAAUACAUGCUGCAUGAGCAAAAUGUCCAUGCUAGAUUCGAAGAUUCGGCCAGCGAUACCAAACUUGACGAAGAGAGUAACACAUCCAUAAAUGCACAGUCCGAAGCCAUAGAUCAUGCUCGUUACACAGAAGAGACAAAGCAACCCAUCUCAGAAGGAAGCACCGCCUCCGGAUCCUGUGACGAGAAAGAGGAGAGCGGACUCGACGACGUCCAGACGAGUGAACCAGUAACAGAAACGUCAGGACGGAGAAGGCCUAAGCCUACUGGACUAUCUAUGCCACCACCACCGGUUCUACAUGGCUUGCCAACACAUGGGGCUGAUGGAAGCAAUGGUGACAACACUCCGACCAGGGCACCUCGUACUUCUCCGGGCGAUCCAGUCAUCGUUGAACCAGAAGCCGUGGCAAAAGCCAGAGGAUCUUCAGUUCCGCAUCUGCAUUCCCUCAAUUCGCCCUACUAUGUGGCGUUGGAGAAGAACAACGACUAUCUCGGCGGCCGCAUCACCCCCACUACCCAACCAGCAAGGGCAGAUGGCGCAGCACAACAGGACGCCAUACCAGGAACCGCUCCUAACGCGGUUUCGAUACCUGUGACUGCCUCUCAGAGCCCUGCUACUUCGGAAAAGUCGAGGACAGCCGACGGGUAUUUUCCGAGUGACAGUCUCAAACUCGGACGAUACACGACGACUCUUCGUCAUGCACCUCCAAAGACUUACCUUGACACACUCAAGCCGUGGAAUGGAAGACUUUCAAAAUCCAAUUGGUUCUUGGUGGCUUGUCGGCCGUUCAUUCUCUAUGCCUAUCCUAGCGUGCUCUGGUCGGCACUUGUAUACUCACUGUCGGUUGGCUGGCUGAUCGUGUUGUCUGAGUCGAUAACGGCCAUCUACAAGAAUCGCGAAUCGUACAAUUUCACUUCCUUACAGGCCGGACUGGUCUAUAUUUCUCCGUUUAUCGGGGGUGUUCUCGGUACUGCAGUUGCCGGUAAAGUGUCGGAUAUCAUUGUUCGAUACAUGGCCCGGAAGAACGGUGGCGUGUACGAACCCGAAUUUCGACUUGUCAUGGGCAUACCUAUUGCCAUCACAACGGCGAUUGGAUUGAUGGGUUACGGCUGGUCGGCGCAAGAGCGGGACAACUGGAUCGUGCCGACCAUCUUUUUUGGAUUGAUUUCUUUCGGUUGUUCCCUGGGGAGCACGACGUCCAUCACCUUUUGCGUCGACAGCUAUAGACAAUAUGCCGGUGAGGCGUUGGUGACUCUGAAUUUCAGCAAGAACAUCUUUCACGGCUUAGUGUUUAGCUUGUUCUUUGCGGACUGGUUAGAGGCCGAUGGGCCACGAACCACGUUCUUGGCCAUUGGAGCCAUCCAGGUCAUUUGCCUAAUCAGCACUAUCCCAAUGUACAUUUAUGGCAAAAGAGCGAGGAUGUGGACUGUCCGAAAGAGUUUCAUGGAGAAGUUUUGA